AUGAGUGGACCACCAGCUAUUGUAUUCACCGAUUGGGACGGAACUGUUACUCUCCAGGAUUCGAAUGAUUAUUUAACAGAAAACCUUGGGUUCGGUAAGCCAAGAAGACUUGAGAUCAACGACGAAAUAUUGAAUGAGAGGUUGUCGUUCCAAGAAGGAUUCAGCGAAAUGUUGAAGUCGAUUCCAACGCCAUUUCCUAAAUGUAUUGAGUAUUUGCUCGAGCACAUCCAAUUGGACCCGGGGUUCAAGGGUUUUUACCAAUGGUGCUUUGAAAGAAAUAUCCCUGUUAUCGUGAUCAGUUCGGGUAUGAAGCCAAUUAUACAUGCUUUGUUGAAGAACUUGGUUGGUGACGAAGCUAUCAAGAACAUUGAGAUUAUCAGUAAUGAAGUGAACGUUAAUGAAGAUGGCACCUGGAACAUUGUGUACAAGGAUCCAGAAUCCUCGUUUGGCCAUGACAAGUCCAAGUCUAUCAGGGAGUACUUGCAACGUAAUGGAUACUCGAGCCAGAACAUGCCAUUGUUGUUCUACUGUGGUGAUGGUGUUAGUGAUUUAUCUGCUGCAAAGGAAACUGAUUUAUUGUUCGCUAAGCACGGUAAGGACUUGAUCACUUACUGUAAUAGAGAAAACAUUCCAUAUACAGAAUUCAACAGCUUUGAAGAUAUAUUCAGUAAGAUUACCAAGAUCGUUGAAGCCAAUGGUAAAAAUAUCAAUGACUUUUUAGAAAACCAUUAA